UUGUCCUGGCGGCCGCGUGCCGGGAGGGCGGGAGCCGGGGUCGGGACUCGCGCGGUCUCGGGGCGGGGGCAACUCCCGGGUGGCGGUCCCCACGCGCCCGUGUCGUGGCUGGUGACGCCUCGGGCCCGCCCGCAGGUCCGGCCGCGCGCGCCGCCUCCCUCGCCGCGCCGGCGCCAUGUCGCGCUUCUUCACCACCGGCUCCGACAGCGAGUCCGAGUCGUCGCAGUCCGGGGAGGAGCUGGUCACCAAGCCCGUCGGGGGAAACUACGGCAAACAGCCACUGUUGCUGAGUGAGGAUGAAGAAGAUACCAAGAGAGUUGUUCGAAGUGCCAAGGACAAGAGGUUUGAGGAGCUGACAAAUCUCAUCCGGACCAUCCGUAAUGCCAUGAAGAUUCGUGAUGUCACCAAGUGUCUCGAGGAAUUUGAGCUCUUGGGAAAAGCAUAUGGGAAGGCUAAGAGUAUCGUGGAUAAGGAAGGCGUCCCUCGGUUCUAUAUCCGCAUCUUGGCUGACCUGGAGGACUACCUCAAUGAGCUGUGGGAGGAUAAAGAAGGAAAAAAGAAGAUGAACAAGAAUAAUGCCAAGGCUCUGAGCACCCUUCGUCAGAAGAUCCGAAAAUACAAUCGAGAUUUUGAGUCUCAUAUUACAAAUUACAAGCAGAACCCUGAACAGUCUGCAGAUGAAGAUGCGGAGAAGAAUGAGGAAGAUUCUGAAGGUUCUUCAGAUGAGGAUGAGGAUGAGGAUGGAGUCAGUGCUGCAGCUUUCCUGAAAAAGAAAUCAGAAGCUCCUUCUGGGGAAAGUCGCAAGUUCCUAAAGAAGAUGGAGGAUGAAGAUGAGGAUUCGGACGAUUCAGAGGAUGAUGAAGAUUGGGACACUGGUUCCACAUCUUCUGAUUCCGACUCGGAAGAGGAAGAAGGGAAACAGACGGUGCUGGCCUCAAGAUUCUUGAAAAAGGCCCCCACCACAGAGGAAGACAAGAAGGCAGCAGAGAAGAAACGUGAGGACAAGGCCAAGAAGAAGCAUGACAGGAAAUCUAAGCGCCUGGAUGAGGAGGAGGAGGACAACGAGGGCGGGGAAUGGGAGCGAGUUCGGGGUGGAGUGCCCCUGGUUAAGAAGCCGAAAAUGUUUGCCAAGGGAACUGAGAUCACCCAUGCUGUUGUCAUCAAGAAACUGAAUGAGAUCCUGCAGGCUCGAGGCAAGAAGGGAACUGAUCGCGCAGCGCAGAUUGAGUUGCUACAGCUCUUGGUUCAGAUUGCUGCUGAAAACAACUUGGGAGAGGGUGUCAUCGUGAAGAUUAAGUUCAAUAUCAUCGCGUCUCUCUAUGAUUACAACCCCAACCUGGCCACAUACAUGAAGCCGGAGAUGUGGCAGAAGUGCCUGGACUGUAUCAAUGAACUGAUGGACAUCCUGUUUGCAAACCCCAACAUUUUUGUUGGAGAGAACAUUUUGGAAGAAAGUGAGAACCUGCAAAAUUUUGAGCAGCCACUGCGUGUUCGUGGCUGUAUCCUGACUCUGGUGGAACGAAUGGAUGAAGAAUUUACCAAAAUAAUGCAAAAUACUGAUCCUCAUUCCCAAGAGUACGUGGAGCACCUGAAGGACGAGGCUCAAGUGUGUGCCAUCAUUGAGCGCGUGCAGCGCUAUCUGGAGGAGAAGGGCACCACCGAGGAGAUCUGCCGCGUCUACCUGAGGCGCAUCCUCCACACCUACUACAAGUUUGACUACAAGGCCCACCAGCGGCAGCUCACCCCACCUGAAGGCUCUUCAAAGUCUGAGCAAGACCAAGCGGAAAAUGAAGGUGAGGACUCGGCCGUGCUGAUGGAGAGACUGUGCAAGUAUAUCUAUGCCAAGGACCGCACGGACCGUAUCCGCACAUGCGCCAUCCUCUGCCACAUCUACCAUCAUGCGUUACACUCCCGCUGGUAUCAGGCUCGCGACCUCAUGCUCAUGAGCCACCUGCAGGACAACAUUCAGCACGCUGACCCGCCAGUACAGAUCCUGUAUAACCGCACCAUGGUGCAGCUGGGCAUCUGCGCUUUCCGCCAAGGCUUGACGAAGGAUGCACACAAUGCCCUGCUGGAUAUCCAGUCGAGCGGCCGGGCCAAGGAGCUCCUGGGCCAGGGUCUGCUGCUGCGCAGCCUGCAGGAGCGAAACCAGGAGCAAGAGAAGGUGGAACGGCGCCGACAGGUCCCUUUCCACCUGCACAUCAACCUGGAGUUGCUGGAAUGUGUUUACCUGGUGUCCGCCAUGCUCCUGGAGAUCCCCUACAUGGCUGCACAUGAGAGUGACGCACGCCGGCGCAUGAUCAGCAAGCAGUUCCAUCACCAGCUGCGGGUUGGUGAGCGCCAGCCCUUGCUGGGUCCCCCUGAGUCAAUGAGGGAACAUGUGGUUGCUGCUUCCAAGGCUAUGAAGAUGGGUGACUGGAAGACCUGCCAUAGCUUCAUCAUCAAUGAAAAGAUGAAUGGCAAGGUGUGGGACCUCUUCCCUGAGGCUGACAAAGUCCGGACGAUGCUGGUUCGGAAGAUCCAGGAGGAGUCCUUGCGAACAUACCUCUUCACAUACAGUAGCGUCUACGACUCCAUCAGCAUGGAGACUCUGUCUGACAUGUUUGAGCUGGACCUGCCCACUGUGCAUUCUAUCAUCAGCAAGAUGAUCAUUAACGAGGAGUUGAUGGCCUCCCUGGACCAGCCCACACAGACAGUGGUGAUGCACCGCACGGAGCCCACUGCCCAACAGAACCUGGCUCUGCAGCUGGCCGAGAAGCUGGGCAUCCUGGUGGAGAAUAACGAGCGGGUGUUUGACCACAAGCAGGGGACCUACGGUGGCUACUUCCGCGAUCAGAAAGAUGGCUACCGCAAAAAUGAGGGCUACAUGCGCCGGGGUGGCUAUCGCCAGCAGCAGUCUCAGGCGGCCUACUGAUUGCGCCACUUGUCUCCACGGCCAGCCACUCCGCCUUUUAAGUUCUAAACCACACCCCAGUCAUUAAAGGUCUAUUAAGAGUUUUUACUGUA